ACACACUUGAAAUUCCGCACAGAUUGGAAGGUUUCGUUACCGGAUAGAACCCAAUUCGACCCCUUUGCGCCCAACUGAUUCAGUCUCAUUGGAAGAUCGGGCAACGGACCCCCCCUAGACGAAUUAUCUACUGCCUAAUUGUUCAUGGGAGAUAUUUCUACUUCUACAAAAUCACUUCUAAAUUUCUCAAAUCUUUCUUUUUGAAUUGUUCCGCACAAUCGCACAACUGCACAACCGCACAAUCGCAUCACCGCCACACUCAUCACAGCACACUCUCACGAACACGAAAUCUACUUGCAGAUAUUAACAACACCUUGCGAUUACUAUUUACUACUACAUUCUCACAUUUCACUACUUACUUGGCACUACUACACGUACACAUAGAGCUACGCUAGUUUACUAACAACAAUUGCCAAUUAUCAGAGACACGUUGGUUCCUUCAUACUACUUACUCCCUGUUAUUCGAAGCUUGGUGUUUAUACGCCCGCGACAACAAUAACACCAACAACGAAUACGACGACAAUUACGCAAAGUAACGCCGAGUUCAGGAAACUGAACUGUAACUCAAUCUAUCAACGAAACUCGAGGUUGGUAAAUCGACUAGCUGCCGACCUCCCUUUGCUCCGACUUUCUAAGACAGGUCGUGGAGAGCAGAGGGUGUUUAGACAACAAAUUAUCACCAAUGUCUAGUCGAAGGCAGUCGCAAACCCCGUAUCCAAGCAUACGCCAUCGCAGCCACACCGGCCCUAUCUCGGUCCAAGAUAGCUACACCGACGAAGAGGACGAAAGACCUAGUGGUGGGUCGCACGAUCAGGAAGACGACUGGUCGGACGAGUACAGCUCCGAGGAGGACGACGAAGACGAUUACGAGGAGGACGACAUAGACCCAGAGGACUCAGCUUCAACUCAUCCCGCCGCAAGACGUCACCACCAGGAGGCUCGCGCCCCUGCACGUUCUGCCUCUCAACAGCACAGGAGCGUCGCACAUAGACCACCUUCUAAUUACGACCCUCGGCAACCGCCGAACACAUCUACCCUGGAUUCAUCAGAGUACGACAUUUACGCCCGGGGGGGUUAUCCGGGCGGCCCGUAUUACGGUGGUGCUCCGGGUGCCCCUGGUGGUCGUGGUGGGUACCAACAGAGCCACGUAGGGGGUUAUGGUCACCCGUACGGUGGCAAUGGACAGGUUGUGCCAUAUGGCCCCAACGCCAACUAUCAAAACCCGUUCGCCCCCGCGCCCAUGAAUGGAAGCGGGGGUAACUAUUUCCACAAUGACCCCAGGUGGCCCCCGCCAGGUAACGAGAUGAUGCCCUUCGGCGGCGGUGGUGGUGGACAAAAUUACUUCGGUGGUCCACCAUAUCCUCUACCUCAUGGUAUGGCACAGUAUCAAUGGACUCCUCCUCCGCCUCCACCAACUGAUAUUGGUCAACCACGAACCCCCGCCCCAGAGCCUCCACCAAAGGAAGACCCCGAAAAGGAGGCUAUGAAAAAGAAAUUAGCAGAGAUUGAAGCCGAGCAAAAGAAGAAAGAGGCGGAAGCUAAGCAACAAGAGCUUGAGGCUAAAAUUAGAAAAGAUGCCGAAUUGGCAUUCCAACUUAGAAUGGAUCAAAUGAAGAGGGAAGAGGAUGCCCGAGCCGAAGAAAGGAAAAUUGCCCUAGAGAAAGCGAAAAAGGAGAUCGAGGAGGCAAAGAAGGCUGCAGAGAUAGCAGCACGAGAAGCUAUAGAGCAAGAGAGGAGGGCCGAGGCCGAGAGAAAGAAAAGAGAGCAGGAAGCGGUUGAACUAGCCGAGCGGAAAGCGCGAGACAAGCUAGAAGCCGAAAGGAAAGCCGAGGCAGAGAGGGCGAAAAGAGAAGCAGAGUCUUUAGCUCGCGCGGAAGCUGCUGCUCAAGCCAGAGUAGAAGCCGCCAUCAGACAAGCGGAGGAAAAGAAGGAAAAGGCCGCGAAAGAGGCAGCUGAAGCGGCAGCACAGCGAGCGAAGUUUGAGAAAGAAGCUAAGGAGAAAGCUGAGUUCGAAGCUCGCAAGAAGGUCGAGGCUGAAGAGGCCGCUAAGGCUGAGGCCCUAAGGAAGGUUGCAGAAGAGGUGGCAAGGCAAAAGCGAAUAGAAGAAGACGCGAAAAUUAAGGCCGAGCUCGAUGCCCGUAAAAAGCUCGAGGAUGAGAAGAAAAAGGAGGAGGAAGCCAAAGCUGCCGAGGACGCCAGGAAGAAGGAAGAGGAGGCACUUAAGAAAAGACUAAUAGAAGAAGCCAAGCAAAAGGCCGAGGAGGCGCAAAAGAAGAGUCUUGGUAAAGACAAGGCACCUAUCCGAUUCAAAGAUGCCGUCGGGAGGAAAUUCAGUUUCCCCUAUCAUCUAUGCCAAACCUGGCAGGGCAUGGAAGAACUCAUCAAGCAAGCGUUUAUCCACGUCGAUGUCAUCGGUCCCCAUGUACAAGCCGGGCACUAUGAUCUCAUUGGACCAAAUGGCGAGAUCGUUCUCCCCCAAGUGUGGGAUAAGGUGAUUGAGCCGGAUUGGGCUGUCACAAUGCAUAUGUGGCCGAUGGACCGUCCUAUGCCCCCGGGGAUGCCACGCCCUCAAGCCGGACCGGCAGCCCAUAUGGCUGGCCGGAUGCAACCGCGGGGAAUCCCGAUGGCGGGCCAUCGUCCGGCCGGAGGACCACCCCCUCCUCCUGCGGGUCACACCCCCGGUAUGGGCAUGGGCGGCAUGGGUAUGGGUGGCGGCAUGCCUAGACCAGGUAUGGCGCAUCCCCAACCACAAGGUAUACCUCCUGGUGUACAAGUCAUAGGGGUCAACAAGCAUCCCGGCAACAAGAAGCCGAAGGCAAAGUCGACCGGAGUGCUCGGUUGGAUAGGAGGAGGUGCUGGAAAAUCCUCUAAAACUAAGAGGCCCAGACGAUAAAGUUUCGUUCCCUGAGAUGGUAUUCGAAAUACCGAGGCGAUUCUUUUUCUCUUAAUUCUACUCAGUGCCUUUCUUGUCGGAACACCAGCCCUCAUCUCAGUCCAAUUUCUCCUAUUUCGUUUUCGAGGAGUUUUACGCGCUGGCCUUCGAUAACUGAUUCUGCAUUAUACCCCGGCUCGAGAUGAUAUUCUCUUUUAAAGCGGCAUUUGCGCAGGCUUUUCCUUCGAGCACCUAUUAUGGGCAAAGUAAUAAUCCAAGGCCAACUUUCACCACUUCGAUACGGUAGACCUGUAUAAUUUUUGAUUCCUACCGGAUUUUGCAUUUACGAAUAUACUAUUUUUUGACAUAGGAUGAUGAUGUCUUUUUACGCCGAGAAUGACGAAAUGUACGAGAAGUGAGGACAAGUAUAUGGGGCAUUUCUUCAAAAUGGCGAGCAUCUGCUUGAGACCUAACUAACCAUAUUCUCGGAAGGCGUCGUGAUUGAGAAAGAUUGGGCGAGACAAAGAUACAUCGGACUGAUUUAUUACAUAUCGAAAUUAGGAGUUAUUAUAGGCUAGGUACUGAAUUGAAUUGAGAAUUGAAACUUAA